AUGAUGGCCACGGGCAAGGAAGUCGCGAAUCUACAGUUGUCCGAGCACCCGGAGAUGGCUUGCGUGCGCGCUUUGAAGCGGCACUUGUCUUCUUUCUGCGGAUGCCCCAGGUUUAAGCAGCGGAUACUGAGAGACGGCACUCUUCUCCCCGACGAUACCAAGCUCGAGGUGCUGGCUGAACAGACCCUAGAGCUUGUGCUUCUGGAGUUCUUGCCGACUGCCGAGUCUGAAGUCCAAGAGCUCUUGUCAGCUGCAGCCAACAGCCACCUUGCGAAGUUAGAGGCCCUGCUGCAGAGGCCUCAAGAUCCUGACUUGGGCGACGAGCCCCCGCUCCUGGCGUCCUGCCGCGAUGGGCACUUGGAAGUGGUGCGGCUGCUGCUCGAGGCCGAG